CACGUGGUAGGCUAUAGGCUGCCCACGUGUACAUCGUGCUGAGGGUUUGUUCUUACGAGGAGAGAAUGGGAGCCGACGAGCCUGGAAUUGAAGCGUGGUAUCUCGAUGAAUCGCAAGAGCAGCAGCGUGUAUCCAAAAAAAUUCUCGAUGAUCUUGGUGUGCUGCAGUGGCACUUAAAUGCGGAUUUGUACGAGACAGACCCGGAGCUCAAGGCUAUUCGAGACGAGCGAGGCUACGAUUACUAUGAUAUCAUCACAAUCGCGCCUGGAAAGCUUCCCAACUACGAGGAGCGGAUCAAAAGUUUCUACGAGGAGCACAUCCACACGGACGAGGAGAUUAGAUACUGUCUCGAAGGAAGUGGAUACUUUGACGUGAGAGAUGGCAGCGAUCGGUGGAUUCGUGUGUGGACCAAGAAGGGCGACAUGAUCAUUCUCCCGGCUGGGAUGUAUCAUCGAUUCACACCGGAUUCCAACAAUUUCAUCACGGUGAUGCGCCUCUUUAGUGGACAUCCAAUCUGGACAGCGUUUAAUCGGCCCCAAGAAGACAAUCGUGCAAGAGUGGAGUACGUAAACAAUUUCCUCGCGAAGAUCAAAAAGUGCGCACAAAGUUGAUCAUAGAAUAUUUUUUUUCUCAAAUGCAUCCAGGCAGGAGAGAGAUAAGAAAAUCACUAUGAUACAUAUUUCCAUAGCUUCAAACAUCCUCUAGGUUUACAUAUCUAUAAAAAAAAAACAAAAGAUUGUUUCGAUCUA